UCCGUCUUAAUGGUUACCUAUUAGGCCGAGAUACACCGCAGAUCUCAUCUCCAACCGCCGUCGUCACGCGUCACGGUUGUACAUAAAGAUCGGAUGAUAGCCCCAGUAGGUCCAGGCGAUGUUCAAUGUCGUUAUAUCUCCUCCUCAUCAGUCUUCUUGUUGUCCCGAUCCGCCGCAUCACCCGUCUGCGUCCGAGCCAGCCCCCGCGCCCUUCUCGCCAGCACACGAGACUGGCGGGGAGUAGCCGCGAUGCAGUGCAUCCGCCCCUCCGCACAUCACGGUCCCGCGCCGGCCAGGCGACUUGCCUGCCAGUUUCGCCGCAUUAUACGCCGGCGACAAGAGCACUCACACCGUCAGGGCAUCUGCCGCGUCUGACACGACGAGAGCGCCUUCUUGAAGGCCGGUCAUUGCAUUCAUCCUCAUUCACCCGAGUAUAGCCUGACUGCAUUCAAUCCCGGCCUAUUGCCCCUAGCGAAUGCACGUUCACUUACUUUAGACCGUGCGUGCCGGCUGCGCGCAGCUGAUGCUUUCUGUCAACCGCAUCCAUGCCAAUUGGGA